ACCAUAAGGCCUCUAGGUCAAGGUCCAGAAGCUGAUAGCCUGAUAUGCCAGGCAUAGCUUAGGCUUCUUUUGGUGAUAGCUAGCCAGAAAAGAAAACCAAGAAAAAUCACAAUAAAUCUCAACCAGAAUCAAUGGAACAAACAAAUUGUUAGUGGUUGAAGUUUCAGGCAGGAAAAAAUCACAGUAAAUGGGGAUUUUGCAAGCGUCCCAAGUGCCUUUUGCAUCGACUUGUUCAUCUUCGUCUUCUUGUCCCCCUGUUGCACCUAAAAGCUUAUCCGCAUGCAAAUCAUUGGCUAUGAAUGUCAAGUUGAGCAAAGUAUGCAGUUCGACGAGUCUGCGACUGCGUAAGAUUGGUGGUGGAGUUGUUGGGGUCGGUAAGGAAGGCGUACAACCAGUGCGCAUUGAUGAGGAUGAUGAUGGUCAUGAUACUUCUUUAUCAGCAACCGCCCAACCGGAGGAAGAUGAGGACCUCCAAUGCGUUCGCCAAAUCCAAAGAGUUCUACAACUUCUCAGGAAAAACCGAGACAUGUUAUUCAGUGAGGUUAAACUGACCGUGAUGAUAGAGGAUCCUAGAGAAGUCGAGAGAAGGAGGUUGCUUGGCAUUGAGGAUCCUGAUGCCCCUACCAGGGAUGAUCUCGUCGAAGCUCUGGAACAAGUCAAUGAAGGGAAGAUCCCCACUAAUCGUGUUGCUCUCAGGAUGCUGGCUGAGGAAAUGACCAACUGGCCUAAUAUAGAGGUUGAAGCAUCGAAGAAACAACGUAGCAAAUCCCUUUAUGCAAGGGCGACAGACACUGGCAUUGAUCCUAAAGAGGUUGCUAAGAGACUAAAUAUUGAUUGGGAUUCUGCUGCUGAAAUCGAAGAUGUUGGAAUCAGUGAUGAAACAGAAGUCCCUUCUGCAGUGGGUUAUGGGGCACUAUACUUGGUCACAGCUUUU